UAUGGAGAUGACUAAAAUCGUGUGGAUUUCACAAACACCUUUUUUUCUGCUAACGCUUCUAAACAACUCUCUGUCUUCUCAAAUUCUCAUCUUAACGUUUUGCCCUUUAUUCUCUGUCAACAACUCGUUCUUCUUGCCAUCCUUUCCUUCUACCCCUUCUCUUGGUGUAUAUAUCUCCAUGCAGCAGCAUACCGCCACCAACCUUCGCCAGUGUCACCAAGAACAUGCUGGCUUCGCCGCCUACAAAGGCAGCAACUUCCUAAUAGAUAGAACUGUACUAUUCCCUGUGUUAUCAAUGGGUUUUUCUGCUGAUGCUUUUAAAGAUCCAGUGCAUGUUUCAGAGAUAAAGUCGAAACCGAGGGGAAGAGGUGGAAGUAUGGAUUUUUCUGUGAUGAAGGGCUGCAAUAUUAGGGUCUCUAAGGAUUGCAGUAAUAAUGUCCAAGAAGAAGUUGAAAAGGCGGCAAUGGGAGGCUGCAGCGUAAACUUCUCCAAGAUUAAUAACGGGAAAAACCCUAGUGAAAGUUGUAAAAGAAUGGAACGUGGGCAGACAAAAUUUCGUGCUAGGGGGCACUGGAGGCCUUCAGAGGAUGCAAAGCUAAGGAAACUUGUGGCCCUCUAUGGUCCGCAGAACUGGAACCUCAUAGCUCAAAAACUGGAAGGAAGAUCGGGUAAAAGUUGUAGACUGAGGUGGUAUAAUCAACUAGACCCAAAGAUUAACAAAAGAGCUUUCACGGAAGCAGAAGAGGAGAGGCUAAUGGAGGCUCACAGAGUUUAUGGCAACAGAUGGGCGUUGAUUUCCAGGCUUUUCCCAGGGCGGACAGACAAUGCAGUGAAGAAUCAUUGGCAUGUUUUGACAGCCAGGAAAUACAGAGAGAAACCGGAAUCAUACGUGAAAAGGGAAUGUAGUACGGAUCAGCAGCCUGAUCUUGGUAGAAGAUCAAUGGAGAAAUGUUCAAGCAAUUCUGCUGCCAAUUUUGCAGAGAUGCAGAGUUACUGUGGAAAUCAAGUUUCCUGGUCGAGUAAUGACCACUUCAUCGGUGGUAUUUCUUUUGUAAAUUUGUAUUCUGGCUGCGACAACAAGAGUUGGCAUAUGAGGAGACAAAUAGAGGAGUCAAGCAAGCAUAUGCAUCUUUCACUGCCAUACUCGCCGGUAUCAACAUCGGAGAUCUCCUUUGCUGCACCAACAUCGCCGGCGUCUACAUGGUUUGCUGAUCACUACCAUGGCUCGAGCCAUUUUCUGCAGAAAACUGAAACACCUAUGUUCAUAGAUUUUCUUGGAGUUGGAGCCAUAUGAUCAAUCGGAAAAGAUUUCGACUUUACUUGAGGGGAGAGGAGUUGCAGAUGAGGAUAAUUAAGUAGCUAGAACUAAUGGGUACUGUACCUCUAAUAAACAGCACAUCCUCUUUCUUGAUCAGUUUAAUCAUCUUUUUCGUAUCUUUGUUACUCUUCUUGCUGCAUAUGAUGUUUGGUUAUGAAUUUUAGUGACGAAAAUACUAAUACUAAGUUUGGAGCUUGGAUUAGUAACAAAAACCCUAACGAAAUUUUUCUUCCUUUUAAAUAGUAUAACUGCUGUUGAUUUCUUGUUGCAAUUUCCUUCUUUCUCUCCCCCAAUUGAUCCAAUUAAACAUAGUAUGUGAAGGUGGCGUCGUUAUUCACACCUCCGGUCGAUGAAUGGAGGGCUGACCGACCUGGGUUUCACUAGCGCUGGUGGAUUCUGGAGUGCUUGUAAAAGGGUGCAGCGUAUACCCCGGGGUGAUCAUCACCACCUGCACCUCACAUCUCGGCACAGUGGAACGUGUAACCCGCUUUUUGUUCCAUUCAACGACAUGUGUUCCUGUAAUCCAUAUGCAGCAGUUAGGGACAACCCGCCCUCACAGCCAGCGGGGAGGAUGGCACUACUGGCAAAGACCAUUUGGCGAAAAUGCCACAGGUGCUAACGAGAAUAUUUUAAAAUGAUCCAUGCAAAAUGUAUGCUUUGUGAAAUUAUGCUAAUUAAUUAGCACCAUCAACUCGACUUCUUCGGGUUUCAUGGACAUGGAGAAUCCAGGUUGUUGGUAGAGGAAGGAGGCCCCUUCUGUGCUAUACUCCAAUUUCUGAGCAGAAUUAGCUGAGUCUCCACAGAACUCACGUGAGGUUAGAGUUCUGAUACAUUCUGACACUCUGCCCAAAACUUGGGUGAGUUUGCCGGAAUGGAGACAAACGAGUACUAUACCACACACCUGUCGAUUAUAUAUUUACUCUUCUUUCGAUUCCUGUUUCUUGCAACUCUCUAUGGUUGUCUUUUUUCACAAGAGUUUGUCUCUUGGCUGGGGAAACUUUUUUCACUUAUAUGUAACAAGAAAAGCUAGUACUUAGAAUCACGUUAAAGCUUCAAAGGCAAACCUUGGACGCAGAUCAACUCGAUGUAAUAGAGAUAAAUUAACUCAAUGAAAGUUAUUAUUUAUUUAAAAUUAGGUACGUACCCUAACACUUUAGUAAGUUUGUUGUCAAGUCAUCCAACUCAGACAUUAUAACUAAAAAGGAGAUUGAUAAAUUGUAUAUAAAAUCAAAUGUCCAACGUCGGGCCACUUGUUCUCAAUUUGUGUUUUAUGCAGCUCUUGCUUCCUUAUGAUGGAUAAAUCCAUUUUUCUCCCCGCAAGAUGGGCCGCACAAAGACGUACA